CAAACAGAUAAGGCUUCAGCGGACGAUUACCGCAAUAAUCAAUCUCUUUUACCCUGUCAGCAUAACAGUGACCUGCACCAGGCUUCAAAACACCCGACCCAACACGCAACCUCACAAUUUACCGCAGGAGAGAAGGAGGAAACGUCCAGGGCUGAAUCUGAAGGUAGAAGCAACAUCUAAAAAGGGACAUCAUCUACAAUGUCAGGACACACACAGCUGUGGCUGCUCGUAGUAGUGGCUUGGCUAUGUGUUUUCAACACAGAAGCAUAUGCAAGCCACCCUUCAAUCACUCUUCCUGACUGGAGGUCAAACGCAGAUUAUUUUACAAGGUGUGAUUUUGAUGAUGAUACCUCUCCUUUCUGUGACUGGACUGCAGAGGGGCUAAACAGAAGCCAAACAAGACCAGGGAAAUUCUACCUUGCAAAGGAUCCUGUGAGCCCGUCAGGCGUGGCUCGACUACAGAGCAGGUUUCUGAACUCUUCUGAAGACUCGUGUCUGCAGUUCUGGUACUAUAAACCUCACCAGGACGGCUCAGAACUGCGCGUCUUGCUCAGUGAUGAUGUUUUGCAGACAGAAAUCUGGAGUUCUCUGGCUGCUGAGAGCCAUGUCUGGAAAGAAGUGUUCAUUCCACUGAACUACUCACAGCUGACUGGAGUGCAGAUUGUUUUUGAGCUAAUGCAAGGGCAUGGAAAUAAAGAAGAAAUCAUUUUUGAUAAGAUUGGUGUAUGGAGGGGACAGUGUGGCUUGCAAUGCCAGUCCGGCACCCAGCUUUGGACAGAUGAGUCCACUCAGUGUACCUGUACUGAAGGUCAACUCACCUGCACCCAAAUCACCUGCGGGGACGGUCAAACCUGCAGGCAGGCCGUAACGUCCACUGUCUCGUCCGGCACCUGCAGAGUUGCCAGUGACCUCCGAUACAGAACCUUUGAUGGGGUCAACUUCCGUUUCAUGGGUCCAUGCGCUUACAUCCUCACAAAAGUCUGUGAUGGGGUCAGCGUGGUACCAGGCUUUGCAGUGGAGGUGCAGAAAGAGCAGAGAAGCAAUUCAUCUGUUUCCUUGAUCCAGCAGGUGAAGGUGAAUCUGCAGGGAUUGAGAGUGACUCUGCUGAGGAGAGACAGAAGGAGGAUCAUGGUUAAUGGGAUUUGGAAGAAUCUCCCGCUGAGUCUGUAUGGAGACACAGUAAAGGUCACUGCCCAGGGACCAGUCGUGGAACUUCAGACGCACUUCAACCUGUCUGUCUCCUAUGCCAGAUCCGGCGCCCUUCAUGUAACUGUACCCAACCAGUUCAGUGACAAACUCUGCGGCAUGUGUGGCAACUUCAACCACAUGAUGGACGAUGACCACAAAAUGGUAAACGGCUCUCUGGCUGAGAAUGCCCAGGCUUUGGGGCAAAGCUGGAAGAGUGAAGAGCCCCCGUGUGAGGAGCCCACCAUGCCUAGCAUGUGUUCUGAGGCUGAGAAGCUGGAAUAUGCCAGCAAAGCUUACUGCGGCAUCCUGCUGUCACCCCAUGGCCCCUUCUCUGAGUGCUCCUCUGCUCUUGGUGCAGUGAGCUUCUUCAGGAGCUGUGUGUUUGAGAUGUGCUCCACACAAGGAGAUCCUGAGACCUUCUGUGAUGUCCUGCAGGCUUUUGCUAAGACCUGCAGUGAUGCUGGGAUUCCUGUGACGGGCUGGAGGAAUGCAACUUACUGUCCUCUGGCUUGCGGGGCUCACAGUCACUUUAACGCCUGCUCCAGCGAGUGCCCUGCCACUUGCUCCAUGCUGGAUGCCCCAGAGAACUGUGGGACCUGUGAAGAGAGGUGUGAGUGUGAUGACGGCUUCUUGCUGAGUGGAGAAAAGUGUGUACCUGCAGACGACUGUGGGUGCUGGGUGGAUGGACAGCACUAUGAGAAAGGAGAGACAUUCAUGCAGGGUGACUGCGAGAAGCAGUGCCUAUGUGCAGGCCAGGGCACUGUCCAGUGCUCGGCUGCUUCCUGUGUGGCCCACGAAGUGUGCAAAGUGAAGGAUGAGGUCUUGGGCUGCUUCCCCUCCAGCCCAGUCACCUGCAGCAUCUACGGUGACCCCCACUAUAUCACCUUUGAUGGCAAGGCCUACUCGUUCCGGGGUACCUGCAACUACACCAUCGCUAAAACCUGCACGGCCAGCGCAGCCUCGUUCACACUAACGGCUCGGAAUGAGGGGCGGAGCAACUCUUCGUCUCUGAACUCUGUGGCUCUGGAUGCAGAUGGUCUUCACCUUGUCAUCAGGAAGAACAGGCUGGUUUAUAUAAAUGGAAGUCAAGUCUCUCUUCCUUAUUCACACAGCACCUCAGUCAAAGUAUUGCAGACGGGUCAGUAUGUGCAGGUGGACACAAACUUCGGUCUGCGGUUCCUGUUCAAUGGAAACGACCGACUGUUUGUGCAAGUAGACGAGAGACACAAGGGCACAGUGUGUGGACUCUGCGGAACCUACUCCGGAAGUCAGUUUGAUGACUUCUUGACCCCUGAUGGCAAUGUAGUCCCGUACCCACAUGAUUUCGCUAGCAGCUGGAAUACUCAUGACAAUGACUGGACUUGUAGCGAUGGCUCUCCAGAAGAUCCAGAAUGUCCACCUGAGCUGGACAACGAGGGUUUCAGGGAGUGCAGCAAACUGUUAGGUGAAGCCUUCAAGGCCUGCCACUGGUUCGUGCCCCCUCAGAUCUUCGUGAACAGUUGUGUGAGUGACCACUGCACCUCAGGAGGAGACCUGCCGCAGCUGUGCACUUCUCUGCAGAAUUAUGUGGCAGCAUGCGAGGUGGCUGAGGUGUUUCUGGCAGACUGGUGGAAGGACACUGUCUGUGCCGUCAUCCCAACCACACCACCAACAGCCCCAACCAGUCCCGCACCAACAGACCCCGCCACCCCAAAACCCACACACCCCACCACCUCAACUCCAUCUGCUGCGAGUUGUCCAUGGAGCUGUAACUUUGACCAAAAUGAAUGUGGAUGGGAGCAGCUAAUCCAGGACAGCUUUGAUUGGACAAGGUGGUCUGGGCCGACACCCACUGACUUUACUGGCCCAACCAGUGACCACACUACAGGAAGUGGCUUCUACAUGUAUAUAGAGGCUGAUGGAGUCCACUAUGGUGACUCGGCCCGUAUGAUGAGUCCAGUGUGCAAUACUGUGGGCACCCAGUGCCUGACCUUCUGGUAUCACAUGUACGGUUGGGCGACCGCCAUGGCACUAAACGUUUAUAAGCUAGACGGCAGUCAAGCUGCCAAAAUCUGGUCCAGGCUCAAUAACCAGGGCAACAGCUGGCAACUAGCCCAGAUAGAGGUUGACUCAUUGGGACCAUUCCAGAUUAUUGUGGAAGGCAUUAGGGGUUCGGAUGUUCAGUCAGACAUGGCAUGGGAUGAUGUUACAAUAACAUAUGGAAAGUGUGGAGACCUAAGUGUGAACCUAAACCCUGAAACGUCUUCACCAACCCAUGGAGACCAGGCCUUUAUAACCCCAGCUCUGUUUCCUCCAGUUCCAUCUCAGCCAGGAAAUUCCAGCAGCCAUCCAGUGUGCAGAAUCGACUGUGACUUUGAGAAAGACCUCUGCACCUGGAAUCAGUUACUGACUGAUGUUUUUGAUUGGACGAGACACAGUGGCUCCACCCCCACGCCCAUGACCGGUCCUUCCUUUGACCACACAACAGGAAGUGGUCACUACAUCUACAUUGAGGGAGACAGUGCCACUCAUGGCGAUACAGCACGUCUCCUCAGCAAGGAAUGCACUGACCAGCAGCCGCAGUGUCUGCAGUUCUGGUACCACAUGUACGGUUCCAGCUGGACCAUGGGCCUGACCGUCUUCCUGCUGCACGGCAACCAAGCCCAGGAGGUCUGGAGACAGAGAGAAGACCAAGGGAACACCUGGCAUCGCGCUCUAGUUGACCUCAUACCAGAGGGCAACUUCAAGAUUAUCUUUGAAGGACGCAGAGGUGAUAAUGCUUGGUCUGACGUUGCUGUGGACGACAUCUCUCUACACAGAGGAACUUGUGAAGAUUUAAUAAACAAUGCAACUGCACUGCCUACACCUGAGGGGACGACAAGAGAUAUCACAGACAGCAGCACAGCUACAACUCCAGAUACCCCCACUCCAGAGACCACCACAAUAACCACAAUAUCGGAAUCUGUGUCUGGAAUGUGGACUGAGCCUGUCCACACCACAGCCGAGCCUGUCCACACCACAGCUGAGCCGGUCCACACCACAGCCGAGUCAGUCCACACCACAGCUGAGCCGGUCCACACCACAAUUGAGCCUGUCCAAACCACAUCUGAGCCUGUCCACUCCACAUCUGAGCCUGUCUACUCCACAGCUGAGCCUGUCCACACCACAGCCGAGCCUGUCCACUCCACAGCCGAGCUUUUCCACUCCACAGCCGAGCCUGUCCACACCACAGCUGAGCCUGUCCACACCACAGCUAAGCUUUUCCACACCACAGCUGAGCCUGUCCACUCUACAGCCAAGCUUUUCCACUCCACAGCCGAGCCUGUCCAAACCCCAGCUGAGCCUGUCCACUCCACAGCUGAGCCUGUCCACACCACAGCCGAGCUUUUCCACUCCACAGCCGAGCCUGUCCACACCACAGCUAAGCUUUUCCACACCACAGCCGAGCCUGUCCACACCACAGCUAAGCUUUUCCACACCACAGCUGAGCCUGUCCAAACCCCAGCUGAGCCUGUCCACUCCACAGCUGAGCCUGUCCACACCACAGCCGAGCUUUUCCACUCCACAGCCGAGCCUGUCCACUCCACAGCCGAGCCUGUCCACUCCACAGCUGAGCCUGUCCACACCACACCCGAGCUCUUCCACUCCACAGCCGAGCCUGUCCACACCACAGCUAAGCUUUUCCACACCACAGCCGAGCCUGUCCACACCACAGCUAAGCUUUUCCACACCACAGCCGAGCCUGUCCACACCACAGCUAAGCUUUUCCACACCACAGCUGAGCCUGUCCAAACCCCAGCUGAGCCUGUCCACUCCACAGCUGAGCCUGUCCACACCACAGCCGAGCUUUUCCACUCCACAGCCGAGCCUGUCCACUCCACAGCCGAGCCUGUCCACUCCACAGCUGAGCCUGUCCACACCACACCCGAGCUUUUCCACUCCACAGCCGAGCCUGUCCACUCCACAGCCGAGCCUGUCCACACCACAGCCGAGCUUUUCCACACCACAGCUGAGCCUGUCCAAACCCCAGCUGAGCCUGUCCACUCCACAGCCGAGCCUGUCCACACCACAGCCGAGCUUUUCCACUCCACAGCCGAGCCUGUCCACUCCACAGCUGAGCCUGUCCACACCACACCCGAGUUCUUCCACUCCACAGCCGAGCUUUUCCACUCCACAGCCGAGCCUAUCCACACCACAGCCGAGCUUUUCCACACCACAGCCGAGCCUGUCCACACCACAGCCGAGCCUGUCCACUCCACAGCCGAGCCUGUCCACACCACAGCCGAGCUUUUCCACUCCACAGCCGAGCCUGUCCACACCACAGCCGAGCCUGUCCACACCACAGCCGAGCUUUUCCACUCCACAGCCGAGCCUGUCCACUCCACAGCUGAGCCUGUCCACUCCACAGCUGAGCCUGUACAAACCACAUCUAAGCCUGUCCAAACAACACCUGAGCCUGUCCACAUCACAACUGAGCCGGUCCACAUCACAACUGAGCCUGUCCACACCACAACUGAGCCGGUCCACAUCACAACUGAGCCUGUCCAAACCACAACUGAGCCUGUCCAAACCACAACUAAGCCUGUCCAAACAACACCUGAGCCUGUCCACACCACAACUGAGCUUGUCCAAACCACAACUGAGCCUGUCCAAACCACUACUCAAGCAGUCCAGCCCACAACUGAGCCUGUCCAUACAACAACGGAGCCUGUCCAAACUACAGUUGAGCACAUCCAGACUACAGGCUCACUAGAUACCGUACUGUCAUCUACUUCGACAACAGCCAGACCAGUUGAAACAACAACACCAAACACUACAACAACAACCACAACAACAACUCCUCAACCAACGCCCUCUUGCCCCAUUAACAGCCACUACUCAAACUGCGUACCCACCUGCCAACCAACUUGCGAACAACUGCAUGGACCUCCAAACUGCAACGCAGACAACUCGUGUGUGCAGGGAUGUGUUUGUAACGAUGGUUUUGCUCUCAGACAGAGCGUAUGUGUGCCCGUCUGGGAGUGUGGUUGCCAAGAUGACAAUGGCAACAACCAUCAUUUUGGUGAGACGUGGUACAGUCCUCACUGCACUCAGAAGUGUGAAUGUAAAAGAAAGGGCAGUCAAGGGGAGCUGAAAUGUAAGGAUAAGGAGUGCAAUGGUAACAAGGUGUGCCUGAUGAGCGAGCAGGGAGAAUACAGCUGCAAGUCUGCAGAUUUCAGUGUUUGCUCCAUUGAUGAUGAUCCUGAGUACAGAACCUUUGACAACUUGAAUCACAAAUUCAAAGGCAAGCACUCAUAUGUCUUGGUCCAGACCUCCAACCUGCCAAAGAACAUUCCAGAGGUCUACAUAGAGGGCAUCAACCAGAAAAGCAGAGAGCAAGAAAACGGGGAUGAAGACCAUGACGAUGAAGACGUAGAUGGCAGGGAAAGGGGUGACGAUGAUGACAGCAGUGAAGAGAAUGAUGACAGCAGUGAAGAGGAUGAUGAUGAUGGCCGUCUUCGUGCUCUCAGAAUCCGAGUGUACAACCAUACGGUGGAGUUUAGAGAGGGCAGGAAAGUGAUGGUUAAUGGGGUGCUGGCCAGUGCCCCUGUCUUCCCCACCCCAGGAUUAAAGAUUUUGGAGCAUUCUUCUCGUCUUUACCUCCAGACUGACUUUGGCCUCUCAGUAGAGUUCAAAGGCAAAGGCAAAGCAGAAAUCUCGCUGCCUGACACAUAUGAGACAAAGGUUGGCGGACUCUGUGGGAACUUCGAUGGCAGGAAAAACAAUGACAUCAUGAAGCCGAAUGGUGAACAGGCGAAGGACGUGAAUGAGUUUGGAGAAAGCUGGAGAGUCGUGGAGGAAAAACCUGCAGUCAGACGGAGGCGGUCUUCACUGCUCUACGCUCUCUUAGGCCUACGCCAGUGAAAAGGAAAUGAACAAUUACAUUCUGUAUUAAACCGUUUAUUAAAAUAUUAAAUUGUUCAUUCAAACUGAAAUUGUAAUUUUUUCUUCAUUCAUAUCAGUCUUGUCCUACGAAGGCUUUCUGUAUAGUGUAUAACUGUUCAAGGUUUGGAGAGGAAAGUUUGUGACUGUUCUAUUUAUAUAUGUAUCUAUUUUUUAAACUAGAUAGGUUUCAUUUACACAUAAUUUAGCUCUGUGCAUUAAAAUGAACAAUUUUCAGACUGUA